CAGGAGGCGGGUGUGGGUUCCCCCGCGCCGGGGGUGCAGGGGGAGCCUUUCCGGGGGUGCCCAGCGGAUGCUUUGCCUCCCGACUUCCUCUGUGGCGAGCGCCGAAGUGCCGGGGCCGCCGCCAUGGCCGAGGGCAGGAGCGCCGGGCUCUUCGCCAGGCAGGUCCAGAAGCGCUUCAGCCGGGCGCAGGAGAAGGUUCUGCAGAAAUUGGGCAAAACGGUGGAAACCAAAGACGAGCAGUUUGAGCAAAGCGCCUACAACUUCCAGCUGCAGCAGAACGAAGGCAACAAGCUCUACAAGGACCUCAAGGCGUUCGUGGGGGCGGUGAAAGUGAUGCACGAGAGCUCCCGCAGAGUGGCCGAGACGCUGCAGGAGAUUUACAGCCCCGAGUGGGACGGCCACGGGGAGCUCAAGGCCAUCGCUGACAGCAACGACCUGCUGUGGGAGGACUAUGAAGCCAAGCUGGCCGACCAAGCCCUGCGCCUGAUGGAGAACUACCUGGCGCAGUUUGGGGACUUCAAGGAGCGCAUCGCCAAGCGGGGCCGCAAGCUGGUGGAUUACGACAGCGCCCGGCACCACCUGGAGGCUCUGCAGAGCGCCAAGAAAAAGGAUGAGGCCAAGAUCGCCAAGGCCGAGGAGGAGUUCAACAAAGCCCAGGCGGUGUUUGAGGAUCUGAACAGGGACCUGCGGGACGAGCUGCCGGUGCUGUACGGCAGCCGCAUCGCCUGCUACGUGACCAUCUUCCAGAACAUCUCCAACCUGCGCGACGUCUUCUACAAGGAGAUGAGCAAGCUGAACCGCGACCUGUACGAGGUGAUGAGCCGGCUGGAGCAGCAGCACUCGGGCAAGGUCUUUGUCGUCAAAGGCGUCUCCAGCCGCCGCUCGCUGGUCAUCUCCUCGCCCGUGAGCCCCCCAGCCAUGGUCCCCCACCCCGGGAGGUCACCGGACUGGCCGCCCGUGCUGGGAGCGGAGGUGACACCCACGUCCUCCGGGACGGGCAGCGGCGAUGCCGACACCGUCUCCAACGGGGACCUGGGUGUCACCGUCCCCGGGCCCCCACCAGCGUCACCCGCCAGCGCCGGGUCCCUGUCGGAGACGGCGUCGGUGUCCAGCGAGGAGGCCCUGGAGCCUGUCACCGUCCCCAGAGCUCUGUCCCCAGAGCCGGGGAUGCCGGUGACAGCCAUGGAGCCGGGGACACCGGUGACCGCCAUGGAGCCAGGGACACCGGUGACAGCCAUGGAGCCAGGGAAUCGCUCCUCUGGCCUCACCGAAAAGCAGGGUCCGGAGCCGGCGGAGGCCACCAGUGGGGAGCAGGGGGGACCCGAGGACAUCGCCACAUCCCUGGCGUCCCUGAUUCUGUCCGAGGCCAUCGCGCAGGCGGCCGGUACCGCGUCACCGCAGCCACCACAGCCACCACAGCCAGACAAAGCCACCACACGGGUCCCCCAUCAGCCGGAUGGUGCAGCCACCGACGCUGAGGGUCCCGAGGAGCCACUGUCCCCUGCCCGGGGCGGCAUCCCCCCCGGUGUCACUGGUGCCGUGGCCUCUGGGUCCCCGGGCGAGCGCGGCGGCUCCCGGGGGGACACGGAGGUGACGGAGGUCGAGCUGACAGCGCCCGAAACUCAGGAGCGAGACCGUCCCGGGACGGCGGAGCCGAACACCGACCAGGACGCCCCCCUGGCGGCGUCCCCCCCCAGCGAGACCCUCACCCACCUCUGAGCUCCGCGCCCGCUGCGCACAACCCAAAUUCACAGUGCCACGGGCAGAUCGUUCUGUUUAACCACAACCCCAACGCGCUUCCCCGUCGGAAUAAAGGCAGAAACGUGCUGAAA